AUGCAACAACCAAGCUGUGAUUAUUCUCCAGACCUGGUGAAAGAAACCUGCAUCAGCGUGGAACUUCUAAACAGGGAAGCAGCCAAGCUUCAUAAAGAAAAUGUUGCUGUGUCUGGAAGCAGCAGUCCAGAAGAUGUUUUCAGUCCCUGUGAAACGCAGGCAGUAUCAGUUUGUAUGGACACCACCAUGCCUCCAGGUGACUACAUUCGAAGACGAGGUUAUACAGAGUCUUCACUCCUGAAGCUUCCCACAGAGGAGUGCAUUGGGAGUCAUCAUGCACCUUUCCAGUUUGACCGGCAUGCUUUGGCCAGAAUUUCCACUUCUCCAACUUUAAGGCGUCUAAGGAUGGCCUCUGCCUCACAAGCACUGUCAUUUCAGGACUGCUCUGACACAGCUCAGUCGGGGAAUCAAAAGGAAUACGCUGGCUCUCUCCACCACAUUUGUAAGAGUCCACCUCGGUGCACUACAGCUUCCUCAUUGUCGUUGCCUUCUUGCGUCCAUGCAAAAUUACUGUCUUCCAAAGCCAAGUCUGAGACAACUAAAGCAGAUCCAGAGUCUGCCAGCACCAGAUCAAAGCUGCCAAGCCAAAAAGACACUCUCAGCAAUGGCAGUCCCAAUGAGACACUCCAAAACUCUUGGAGAGCCAACUUUGCUACGCUGCCGAGGAGACUCCUCCACCCCAGCCCUACACCACAGGAGGGUGUCCAGAGUAAAUCCUGGCAUGAAUUUAUAAAGGCACAACAGACUGAGCAGAAAGAUGUCAACUACCGGUUAGAAGUGAAAAAAGAAGCAGCAGUGUGGGAACUUUUCACAAGUGAAUGCACUUACUUUCUGGAUCAUUUGCUGGUUCUCAAGAUGAUAUUUAUGAACACUCUCAAAUACCUCCAGAGUAAUGAAUUUCUCUUGGAUGUGGACUUGUGGAGACUUUUUGCAAACUUAGAGGAGUUAAACAAGAUAAGUCUCAGUUUUCUGAAAACUUUUUUUGAAACUGUGAAGGAGCAUGUCAGCAAGUCAGAAUCUCCUACAGAUUUCAGCUCCAUACUCAGAAAGUUUUUCCAGGGUGACCUCUGCCAGACACACCAGAUUUAUUGCCUUAAUUAUACCUCCGCUGUCUUCUACUUGGAAAACCUGAGACAGAGGGAAGAUUUCGGCAUCUACCUGAAAUGGUGUGAACAAAACGAACAGUGCAAGAGGCUGCAUCUGUCCGAGCUGCUGGUCGCUCCUUUGCAUCGACUGACACGCUAUCCCCUCCUCCUUAACAACAUCUGGAAGAGGAGCACUGGUGAAACAGAGAAAGACUUUAUCUGGUCACUUAAAGAGAAGGUGGAAAAGUCCAUACGGGAUCUGGAAGGUAAAGUCAAGUGGUUGGACAACUUUCAGAAGUUCAGGCAGCUGCAAGAGGUCAUAAUUUGGCCUCAGGUCUGGGAUCGUGACAAGAGAUUCUUUGUCCCAGAGUGUUUGAAGCAAAGCUUAAGAGAAAACAGCAGUGAAAACAUUUUGUCUUCAGCAAACAGACUUCUCCUUCAUGAAGGAAGGCUAACCAUAGCAGAAAGCACAAGACUUCUUGACGUCUACCUCUUCCUAUUCGAUGAUUUCCUAUUAAUUACCAAAACUAAACGUAACAAAAAGAAAUACGGGGGCUCAGACACUGGCUUAAUCCCUGUCUGUCCUUCCCUCACUCCUGAGCUGCAGUCCUUCAUAAGAGAGGGUGGGUUUUGCACAGUCCUAGACCAGCCCAUCCCACUAGACAGAUUGAUACUGAAAAACGUUGACCCCGUCCACGUUACAGUCUUCAGCCUGCGAAAUGCUUUCCUAAUACAGCACGAAAAUAGGUAUCGUCAGUGCAUAGCAGUCUUCUUACUACAAGCUCAGACAGAGACUGCCAAGAAAACAUGGAUGUCACAGAUAGAAACGGCAAUCUCCAAUUACACCACGCAACGUGAAACCAAGAAAAGCACUGCUUUCUGCUUCCCAGCUGAAUCCUCUGAAAUAUAAUAAUGUCAGCACAGCACCGACAGAGCCAGUGGAAGACUGUUGUGGUGAUAACACAGGUUUUUUUUCCAGCACGCCUUGAGUUUCUGAAGCUAACAGAUUUCUGACUUGACUAGACAGAAGUGAGGAGUUUUGACCACAGGGUGUAGGAAUAAACUGGAGGGGGAAAAUGAGCCA